GAGCUUUCAUGCCGCUACGGUCAUAUACACCUGACUUUUGACAUCCAUCCCUUUCCUACAGCAAUUCAUCAUGCAAGCUGUUCGGCAAGCCCCCUGCACUCGUGGUGCUCGGCCGUUCCAGUCAGCGGCCCCACGCCUCAUCCGCAGCGUAGCUUGCGAUGCUGCCACCUUGCAGUUCAUUAGGGGCGUGAAUGAGCCAACGGUGCCUGAGGUGCGGCUUACACGCUCGCGCACCGGCGCCAAUGGAACAGCGACUUUCAUUUUCGAGAACCCAAGCGUCUUUCAGGCCUCUGGGGAAAUGGGCGACAUCACUGGCUUGUUCCUGGUGGACGACGAGGGCACGCUCAGCACGACGGACGUGAAGGCGAAGUUCAUCAACGGCAAGCCCCAGGCGAUUGAGGCCAAGUUAAACAUGCGCAGCCAGUUUGAGUGGGAUCGCUUCUUGCGCUUCAUGGACCGCUACGCGGAGGAUAACGGCUUGGGUUUCGAGAAGAACUAGGGAAGACCUUGCGGAGAGAGCGCUGGGUGCAAAUAAGGCAGCGCCGGCUGCGUCACGCUUGGCACGGCGUAUUGUGAGCUGCGGUGAACAUAAGGCCCCAGGCAGUUGUGCUGCGGCACUAGAACACAUGAUGCAUGGGAGUACGACCCAUGUACGGCAAUGUAGAUAAGAUAACGUGGCAUGUAGUCCCAUGCGCACGCUGCAGCGCCGUGGAAGCAAACACGGAAUCUGGUGAGUGGGCAGUUGGAAGUUUAUAGAAAGCGGGGGUUGUGAGCGCGGUAAUUUGGUGUACUAUGGAAACGGUGCUGAGGUAGGGCGUACAUGCCAAGCGCCCGCAGUUUCCUGGCCUAUUUAUUGCAUGUGAGUGACUGAGGGUCGUCCUGCUUUGCUUUGCGGGAGUUUUGACGCUGCUGGAUUAUUUUGUUUUGGAUGCUUGAGCGUCGGUGCAGAGUGUAAUCUACGGCUGUUUGAACGGGUGCAUAUGCGACUCCACUUUACUGUGAGAGUGGAGUCGUAAGGAAUCAGACUUGUAGCGUUGUAUGGGUACCAAGUAUGUAGCAGACAGCUGCAACGACAUGUAAAGCAAUGUAUCAUG